AGCCAAGUAUUAUCAUAGAUCAUAAAAUAUCUAUGCAAAACCACCUAUAAAUAAAUAAAUAAUUAACCACUUCCCAUAGUCUGAUACCGACACAAAUACACAUUGUCAUCUGUUUCUUUUUCUCCUAUCAAAAAUCUUCCUACUUGAUCAUGUCGAGUUCAAGAAGCGGUGCAAGGAAAAGCAGGGGUCGCCAAAGAAUUGAGAUGAAGAAGAUGAGCAAUGAAAGCAACCUCCAAGUCACGUUCUCUAAGCGUCGCAGCGGCUUGUUCAAGAAAGCAAGUGAGCUUUGCACCCUCUGCGGUGCUGACGUGGCACUCGUCGUGUUUUCUCCUGGCCAGAAAGUCUUUUCCUUCGGCCACCCAAACGUGGAAACCGUUAUGGAUCGUUACCUGUCACGUGCAUCUACCCUCCCAAACUUAUCCGGCACUUUGCAAUUCAUUGAGGCCCACCGCAACGCCAAUGUGCGUGACUUCAACUCUCGACUCAUGCAGGUGAAUAACCAACUUGAAACUGAGAAGCAGCGUAGUGAUCACUUGAAUCAUUUUCAUAAGGUUGCCAUGAAUCAGUUCUGGUGGGCCUUGCCCAUUGAAAAUAUGAGCAAGACCCAACUAAACCAGUUCAGGGCGGCACUUGAGAACCUUAAAAAGAGUGUCGCCCAACAUGUCAAUAGCCUCUUCGUUCACGAAAGUAUUAACAACCCAAAUCAAUUCUUUGGUCAGUCAUCUUCAAAUGCUCUAGUGCCACAUCAGCCUUCUCCUCCUCCUCUUCUUCCACCACCACCACCUUCCGCUCAACUAGUUCCUCAGUUGUUUGGUAAUGGUCCACACUUUCUACAGCAUCAGAGCCCUAUGAUGCUUCAUGAGAGCCCUAUGAUGCAAAAUCAUAUGUUUAACAUGAACAACAUUGGACAAUUUGGGUCUUCUGCUGCUGGAUUCCUUUGAAUCUCAUACAUAUCGGAGAUGCCCAUUUAAUUUAUUAUAUUUGUUCAAUAUAUGUGUUUUUAAUUUCCAUGGAGAGGGGUCUAAAUAGUCAUCAAUUAGGGUUUAAGAUUCUCUCACCCAUCCAAUCCGCUAGUAUGUGUUGAACCAUAUGUCCUUAUUAUGUAUUGUGACUUUUAAUUUUUCUUUACGCCGUUUCUUUUAUUUGUAGUUACGUUGAGC